ACAUUUCGGGAGAGUUUUAUCAAUUGACUGGGUUUAUUUAGCAGCGCGACAGAGCUUGUGAUAUUGUCAUACUACGAAAUGACAUGAACAAUACCAAAGGAAAGUUGAUCUUCUCCUGGUGGUAAAAGUUUGCACUCGAAAAUAUUUCGCUCCGUGUGGGAACCCACCAGAGCGAAAAUCUAUUGAAUCCCUUCCAGACCUGGCACGCGGGGACUAUAAGUACGGGAGAGCUUCGUCAAUUCUUCACUUAAAAUUGUUCUUGCUCACUGAAAAGGACUCGGCGAUCUACAAUGUCAACUGAAAGAAUUAACCUCGCUUUGGCUACCCUAAGAAAUGAAAUGAACGAAAUAAGAAGUCAGGAUGUAACGAUUAUGAAACAGUUGAUUAGUCUGAACAGCACGUUGAAAGAAAUGAACAAAUUCUCAACAAAGACUCGCCUCAAUAGAAACUCUAGUCGACGUUCCUUGGAACCUUUAUCGAGAAAAUCAAGCAUGGAUUCUCUGCUUUCCGCUUCCACUGACAGUCUCAACUCCACCAAUUCUGAUGACAGCAAUAUUUCUAUGACGUCACGUAUUUUACCGUCUGCUGUUAUGACUCUACCUAAUAACGAGACUGAACUUUCCGAAAGCCAGUAUCGCGGAAUCCUGAUGACAAACAUCAAGCUCUGGAAGCUCUCUCAGAAUGACGACACUUCAUCCAUCUAUAAUUUUUCUGAUCAAGAGGGGGAUGUGUGACGAAAUACCCAAAAAUCAUAUUUCCCGACUCCUUGGGAGUUUUGUUACUUCAUAGCAGCUACUCGAGAUCUCCAUAGAGGUAGCAAAGAGGAAACCUGGACAAUACAGCCCGGGUAUACGUAGAAACAGUUGAUAUCAAAUUGAAAUACGAUAAUAACAGUAGGAUUUAUCAGCUGAAUAGUAAACGAUGAAAACGCCAUUGGACUAGUUGUCAAACCCUUGGGACACUGUUGACGUACACAUGGAGUCAAUGAACAGAACCUCCAGAAAUCCAGUUGUGUCUUAAUGCCUGUUGUAGAGCUUUGCUACAAUAACCUACUGUAUACAAAAAUAAAACAUGAGUGAAAACCUGUU